UGUUGCUGAAAGAAGAACUCGCUUGUUAGCCCACAGCCGCUUAUCUUACACACUCAAAAAAGCAGAAUGGACAGACUCUUAGUACGUAAAUUUGAGCUAAAAGACAAUCGAGUAGUGCAGCAUAUUUUUUAUGAUGGGCUGAUGGAGAUGGUGCCAGACACUGCCUUCAGAGGGUUAAGACAUCACCCUGAGAGUCUCUUGCUUUAUGCUGCUAUGACAGUUAUGGCUCUUGUCAUCACCAAGUCUUGGUGGGUGGUAGGACUCCUCCCAGCAAUUGUGGUGUGUUUGCGGUACUUCUACAGCAGGCGUGUGAUCCAUGGUUACCUGAAGCAAGCCAUGAGCACAGACAUGGCGAACAUUGAGGAAUUUUACAUGAAGUCACCAGGCUCGUGUUUUUGGGUGGCAGUGUUGGAAGGCGAAGUUGUGGGCAUUGUAGCAGCAGUUGGCCAGCAGGAGGUGUCAGGAGGCGCUGUUGUCCUGCAGAGGAUGUGUGUUGAGCAGAGACAUCGGAAACGUGGGGUCGGUGUUGCACUGGGAAGGAAAGUUCUAGAGUUUGCCGCUCAUCGUGGAUAUUCCUCUGUUAUCCUUGGGACCACAGCGUAUGCACUGGCAGCACACCACCUCUACCAGAGCCUGGGUUUCCGUUGUGUGGGGGUCACCAAUGGGUAUGCCACACCAGGUGGAGAACAGUCCUUACUUGAACAAGUUUUCUACAGAGUACGCCAUCAUCACUACAGCCUCGAUGUGAAAAACAGUAAAAUCCCCAGCAGACAGCAUUGACUCCAGUGAGUGUGUAGAUGGCAAAGUGAAAAGAAUUUUUUUUGAGAUAUACCCUGACAAGAAAAGCCUGUUUGGAACCGUGUCCAGACCUGGAUAAUGCCUGAGAUGCUCAUGCAAAGGUCUUAUCCUGUUCUAGAGGUGCGGCUAAAAGGUGUGGAAUGGACUACUAAAUCAGCAGAGCGAGUAACCUCUCUUAAAUAUCUUCUUCAGAGAUUCUCGGGAGUGGAUGUGAGGGGAAGGACCUAAAUGCAGGUGAACUAGCCAGACAAAGUAACUGAAAGUGAGCCUUUCUUAGACAAAUAGUCCAAAAGCACAAAGCAAAUCCAAAGGAAAUCCAAAAACUGUAAAACACAGACAUGAGGGGCAAAACAUGAAACACAACACAUUAACUGGCAAAUAGAGGAGGUCAGCACAGGCCUAUAUACACACACACAGAGCAAUAAUUGGGUAAGAGGACUGUGGUGAAGGCAUAACGUAAGUAACAGCAGGUGAAACAAUCUGGGAAGCAGACAAGAUCAGAGGCCUGGGUCUUAUUCCAGGACCAAGGUUCAACAGGUUCAACAAACUCUGAGGUGAUCAAAUCUGAGAUCAGCAACUCUGAGUUUCCUGUUCCAGAACAGCUGAGUUCAAUCAACCCUGAGUUAGCAUGUGCCUGAGUAAGGAAAGAGAGCCACCAUCAAUGGAGCUGCGACACCAGGAUUCAACAUGGCAGCGGGUAAAUAAAGAGCAGCGCCACCAUUUUAAUCCAGAUGACUGAGGAAUGUGAACACGUGUCAGAGCUCACUGUGAUAUUAAUCUUAUAAACAGGAGGG